UUUGGGUUUGGUAGAUAAUACAGAAGAUUCAAUUGUUACUCGAUUUCUUUCACUCUAUUCGAAUCCUCGUCUACGAGGACCUCUUCAUCUCGCCAUGGGAUGGAUCAGUUUUUGGUGGAGUUUCAAAGAUUAUGAUGACUUCUGCAUUCAACUGUAUUCUAACAGCAAUAUUUUCAAUAGAUGUAUACCUGUAGGUUCGCUUUUGUUCGUUAGUGCUCUCGAUGAUUUAGCUUGUUUACCAUCGCCGUCGAUUGUGUACAAUAUUCUCGAUAGUUUGUUAGAUAUUCAUGAAGGAAUUUGUCUUUACAAAAUUGAACUACUAUCUGCUCUAGAUCAAUUAUCGAUAGAAGUGAUUACUCAAUGGUUUAAUUUGUUAUUUCUUAGGGAGAAUUUAAGCAUUGCAUUGAAAAUGUUACAUAUAAUCUAUGACCAAUUGGCCACACAGCAAGUAUUACCAAAAUGGAUAACACCAAUUAUUUGUGAAAUUCUUUGGAGACAAUUUGGAUUACAUAACGAAGAAAUGAAUAUAUACACCGAUCGAAUUUUAAUGAUGAUCUGUGUGAUAAACAAGAAUCGUUUACCAACGCCUUCUGGAACUAUACGAGCGUAUCUUCUUUCACAAGACAUUCCGACAGAAAGCAUUCAUUCAUCUAUAUUUGCUGUUUUGAUUUCAUUAUACGGCGGCCUUGCGUAUUCUAAGACAAGACGAAAAACAUCGGUCGUCUUCACCGCUCGUUGUAUUCAUCGUGAUUCAUCUUUGUCAUCUAUUUUGAUUGAAUAUAUGAAUGAUACAAUAACGAAUCGAGUAGUUAAAAUACAAGAUUUAAUUGAACAAUGUCAUAAAAUGUUUUUAAUAGACUCCAAAGAGGAUGUUUUCGAUUUUGCGCAAGCUAUUUCACAUGCUUAUUCUCGACUGUUAUGUGCGAAGGGAUCAUUUUUAGAUAACACACAUGAUCGUACGAACUACAGUCUCAUUUUAAUCAAUAUUCCAAUGCCACCAACAAUCGACCUGUCAAAUAUCACCGAUUGGGAUGAAGAGACACUUGUCAGACGAUUACCAUUCGUCUGUCAUGUAAAUUCGUCAACGUUUAUUAUUGAAACCGAAGAACUCGAAGCUGGAGAUCUCCAGCUGCUUUCGGCAUGA